AUGAAAGGCGAAUCCGAAAUGGAAUUUGAUAUCGACAUUGGACCGCUUGUUGUCCACAAAUACACUGUCACUAAUAAAGGGCCAUGGUCAGUGUCCAAUGUUACGGUCCAGGUUGACUGGCCAUAUCAGGUGGCAAGUGUUUUCGCGAAAGGUAAAUGGGCACUGUAUUUGCUGGAACCGCCAACAAUGCAGGUAACAAAUAUGGACAACAGCAAGGAUGUGAAACAGUGUGUGAUGGCACUACCGCACGAAUGGAUCAAUCCGCUGCAACUUAAAUUAUACUUAGAAAGUGAUCACGAGCAUUAUUUCGACGAGCAGCAGGAUGGGCAGGAAGAUUCCAGCGAUGAGCACGACAGUGAGGAUGGAGCAAAUGGAGGCUUAAAUCGAAUUAAGCGAGCAAUAGAAAGGAGUCGAGACAAACGACCGUCUCGAGAGCUUCGAAUAAAAUCGACGAAAAUCAAGGAGAAAUCUGGCGAAGAAGUGGAAAUUGUAAAAGUUAGUUGUGCCGAAAAGACGGCGAAGUGCUUCACGGUGACCUGUCAUUUUGAUUUUCUGGAUGUCGAUGCGGCAGCUGUAAUCGAUUUUCGAUCUCGGCUUUGGAAUGCCACCUUUGUUGACGUAGCGUUUUCGUGGAUUUUUUAUUAA